CAAUAAACUGCAUUUCCCUCACACUUAUCGCAGGGGCAGGUCUCACAUGUCACAUCUGUUUUAGGAAGUGACAGAGUGUCACCCAAUAGCAGGAAACAACCCGUUUCUAUUAAUAUGACAGUACAAGGGGAGUUAUUGGGUGAAAGCUGCUCAUGAGAAGAGUCUAAAUUCUGUAAAAAGAAAGGCUUAAGUCCAAAAAGUAAGACGAGCCAUUCACAAGGGCAGAUGUUUUGUGCUGUGGGGUGAGUUGAUGCACCUGUUCUGAAACUUCACAAUUAUGGAUGGAGUUGUCUCACCCUCAGAAUCAGCAAUGUCUGGAUUCCACAACACGUGUGAGCUGUUGAUUGUACAUUCUUGCGAGGCUCAGGAAUGGGCUACAUAUCUGCAGAACAUCUUGAAGUCUUCACGCAAGUUUCCCAAGAGGUCUAUCGUAUUGUAUGCAGUUGACCGUGCUGAACAGCUACAUGAAUGCGAAUUUAACAUUUUCUAUAAUAGUAAAUGCAUCGUGCUGCUGCUGACAACAGCAAUCCUGGACAUUCUAAAUGACCCUGAAGUCCUAGGAACUUUUCAGAGACUCCUUCAUCCUCCACACAGAGUGGUGGCGCUGUUGUGUGGGAUGUCGGAGGAUGACAUACCCACUGAAUGGUUUGAAAACUGGCAGCGCUGGAGAAAACUGUAUGCUGAAGACGAACCUGCUCUUUACAUCUCCACCAUUCUGGAAUCCAUCGCUGACUGUAACGCAGAAGAGGCUGAACAUGAGGCGGAAGCUACAGCAAAACCAGAACCAAAACCAGAAGCAAAAACAGAGUGUGAAAUCCCUGUGGUUAUGAACCCCAAAGCUGAGGGGACAGAGGAAGAGUCCGUGACACAACCAGAGUGUGUCCAGGACGACAAGGACGAUGUGAGAACAGAGAUCCACCCAAACCAGGCAACGAGCCCCACACAUCCCAUCUGUCUCACCGUUCAACCAAACAGAGUUUUAUGCGGGGACCAUGCAACUAUUUUUAUAAUCUUUUCUAAUAAACUGGACAACCAGUUGAAAAUGGAGGUGGUGUUUGCCUCUGAUGAUUCAACUGCAAAACGGGUUCUAGGGACUUUGGAGAAUGAAUACACUAUCAGUAUUAAUGCGCCUGAUAUGCCAGCAGGAGAGGUGUCACUCACUCUGUAUAGCAACGACUCACCAGUCUGUUUGAGGCCUGUAACAUACUACACAGCCAUGGGAGAAAUCAGCAGUUACCUUGAACAUGCAGCUGCUCCCCUGAACUUUAUGUGUCAGGCAUUCAAUUUUACAUCCAAUACCACAGAGUCACUUGACAAUUUGCUGACAGACUCAUUACAAUGCAGGAUCCCUGCAAGUGGACUUCAUGUAUUUGGAAUCAGACAGCUAGAGGAAGACAAUAUGGCUGCAUAUCAGCGAAAGGAGGAGCUUCCCACUCUGCUUCAUUUUGCCGCAAAGUAUGGGCUGAAGAAGCUGACAACAGUCCUGCUCCAGUGUCCAGGUGCCUUACAGGCCUACAGCGUGAUGAAUAAGAAUGGAGACUACCCAAAUACACUGGCAGAGAGGAGCGGCUUCUCUGAACUGAGACAGUUCAUAGAUGACUUUGUGGACACAGCUGCCACGGCUGAAGAAGAUGAGGAGGUGUACGAGUCCAUGUCCAACUCCUCUCAAGACGUCACGAACGACUCCCUGAACCCUGGGUGUCAAGAAGACAUCUAUGAGACCAUGAUCGGGUUAAACCCCGACUCCAUGGAAGACCUAUAUGAGGACAUGGAGAAGGCAUUAGAAGAGUCUCAUAACCCGGAGGAAGUCAUACUUAGAACAUUUUUUCAAGGUAAACCUGAUGCAGGUGUGCCCCAAGUUGGGGAGCAUACAACUAAUGAAGAGGCGGGAGACCAGGUGGAAGAACCAGAGGAGUUUGAGGAAGAAGAACUUUACAAUAUGUGUAUUUCUGAUCAAAUCUAUGACACGGUGGACGAGAAUGCAAGCUAUCUCCCGGAAAUUGUCAACCGUCCACCAGCCCCCGUUCCGAGACCUGUAACAUUUUCAGAGCCUGAGGAGUCCAAGACCUACAUCUCAAGAGUGUUUUCAGCAAAAGAAGAAUCAAAUCCACAGAUGGACCUCAGAGAAACAGAGUCAUCCAAUGUGAGGCCUGUGAGAGAUGGAGCCUCCACCUCCUCUUCCCACGACCCCUAUGCUGAGGUGAGGACCCAAGGCCAGAGGCAGCUCAUAGCCUUGCAGGAGAAGGUGAAGGUGGGGGUCCUGACUGUGGAUGAUGCUGUCAAGGAAUUCAAGACCUGGCAGUUUGAUGAGAAUAGGAGAUCUCAGUCUCUGCGUAAUCAACAGGAAAAUUUGAAGAGAUUACGAGGCAGCAUUACCAGACGCCACAAAGAGAGGGAGAAGAUUGGGAAGGAGAUCGGUCUGGAGAUAACCGCCCCACUGCAGAGGAACCUUCCCUGGAGCUCCAACACGGCUGUGGAGUGUUCUGUGUACGAGCCCACCCCACGGGUCAUUGCCCUACCCCCUCCUGUGACACGGUCAAGCCAGAGAAGCACCUGGAAGACUGGCAGUACCUCCAGCACAUCCAGUAGUGGCAGUAACAGACUCAGCACACAUAGUACGAUUAGCUACAGCAGCGGAACUGAGCCUGACUUUGAGGACACAGCAGACUUCUUCCCUCUACCCCCACGGCCCGCUGAGGCCGCACCUCUACCUCCUCCCCCCAGAAUCCCACCACGACUCCCAGACAGGGCUGCGGAGAGUUUGCUGGAGGAGCGUUACGUAUCAUACCCCUCUCGAGCUCUCCCUCAGAGACCACCUCAGAGGACCACCUCUCCCCCUCUCAUACCCCGGAGAACACGAUGACACACAGCUCCGCUGUUAUAGCAUUUUAAAUGACUGCCCUCCAAAAUAUCUAUCAAGAACAAAUCAGGCAGUGUUACUUACAGUAUUCAUACCCCUGGGCUUAUUCCACAUGUUGUUGUGUUACAGCCUGAAUUCAAAGUGGAUUAAAUAUUUUUUUAACCAUCUACAUACAAUACCC